CUUAGUCUCUUUCGCUAUUUGAAACACACGAAGAUGAAUUGCUGCUUUCCGCCUUCAGGAAAAAAUAUCACUAUUAGUACAUUGGAUGUUGAAUUGAAGAUACCAGAUUGUAACAAAUGCGGGAAAGGCAUGAUUUCUGCUAUUUCCAACUUCAAAGGAGUUGCAUCUUAUACGAAGGAUACAGAGAAUCAAAAGGUUGCGGUUUCUGGAAGUUUUGACCUGGAGAAGUUGUUGAAAAAACUCAAAAAAGUAACAGGCGGCAAAGGAGUGGAGGUUGUGAAGGAAGAAGAGAAAGAUCCUGAACCUGAAAUAGUUGAGGUUGUUAAAGAGAAAGAUGAAGAAACUGAAGUGGUUCAAGAAGUUAAAACAGAAGAGAAUGCACGACCUGAAAUGGUUUUCGAACCAAACAGUGAUGAGCAAAAGGAAAAAGAGAAGUACAUGCUGUUCAGUGACGAGAACCCUAACGCCAAGUGUACUAUUUCGUAA